CGGCCUCGGGCGCCGGGAGAUCGCGUCCCGGAACAGUGAGUUCCAUGGGAAACGGCACGAGUAGGCUCUACAGUGCUCUCACCAAGACACUCAACAACAGUGCAGCCGCUCAGCACCCGGAGUAUUUGGUGUCAGCUGACCCAGAACAUCUGGAACCCAUCGAUCCUAAGGAGCUUCUCGAGGAAUGCAGAGCUGUUCUACAUACUCGGCCACCCCGAUACCAGAGGGAUUUUGUGGACCUAAGAAGAGAUUGCCCCAGUAGCCACCCUCCCAUUAGAGUCAUGCAGUGGAACAUCCUUGCCCAAGCUCUUGGAGAAGGCAAAGACAACUUUGUGCAGUGCCCUGUUGAAGCACUCAAGUGGGAAGAAAGAAAAUGCCUUAUUCUGGAGGAAAUCUUGGCCUACCAACCAGAUAUAUUGUGCCUCCAAGAAGUGGACCACUAUUUUGACACCUUCCAACCACUCCUCAGUAGACUGGGCUACCAAGGCACAUUUUUUCCCAAGCCCUGGUCCCCGUGUCUCGAUGUUGAACACAACAAUGGACCAGAUGGCUGUGCUUUGUUUUUUCUCCAAAACCGUUUCAAGCUCAUCAGCAGCACCAAUAUUAGGCUGACAGCCAUGACCCUAAAAACCAAUCAGGUUGCCAUCGCACAGACCCUGGAGUGCAAGGAAUCCGGCCGACAAUUCUGCGUUGCUGUUACCCACUUAAAAGCCCGCUCUGGCUGGGAGCGGUUUCGAUCAGCUCAGGGCUGCGACCUUCUUCAGAACCUGCAGGACAUCACACAGGAAGCCAAGAUUCCCUUGAUUGUCUGUGGGGACUUCAACGCAGAGCCAACUGAAGAGGUCUACAAACACUUUGCUUCCUCCAGCCUCAAUCUCAAUAGCGCCUACAAGCUGCUGAGUCCUGAUGGACAGUCGGAGCCUCCGUACACGACCUGGAAGAUCCGGACCUCAGGGGAGUGUCGCCACACCCUGGAUUACAUCUGGUACUCCAGACAUGCUCUGAGUGUCACAUCUGCUCUGGAUCUGCUCACUGAAGAACAGAUUGGGCCCAACCGGCUCCCGUCCUUUCAUUAUCCUUCAGACCACCUGUCACUGGUGUGUGACUUCAGCUUUAAUGAGGAGCCUAAUGAACUUUUAUAAACACUGUCAUUUUAAUCAUGAGAGUCUUAACCAGGGAUGUUUUGGGAAACUGAAGUAUGAUAAGAAGUUGCCUGAAAAAGGACACCCAGUUUCUGCCACUUCACUCUCCAUCAUUUUCCAGCAUGCCUUGGAAAAGAAUUUGUUCACAAACCUUUCCAAUUAAAACCUGCAGCAAAAAGGGUACUUGCACUCCACUUUGGGCUUGUAUUGUUGAUUUUCCAUACCAUUCUCCAUUCUCAUUUAAGGGCAUUAAAUUAGACUUACUUGGAAGUUGUUUUUGUUUUUUUGUGUUUUUAAGUUGAGGGUGCUAUAAAACUCAGUUUGUAAGCCCCUCAGAAAUAAAGUAUGAUAUAGGAAGUUUUCUAGACAACAUUUCAAGUUAUUUGUGGGAUUUUUAAAUGUCAGCAAGAAAUGCAUGGCAAUAUUUAUUUUUUAUAUCUUCAUGUAAAAUUAAAUGGAUUAUAUAGCAUUUUAGGUAACUUAGCACCUGGCAGGAAUAGGCAUAAUUUCCUUAAAAUUUCAAAUUGUUUUUAUUUGGUGAUCUAACAGAAUGUACAUUAAGGAACUAUAUUUUAUAGCUCUGAGGCAUUUGUGACUUUAAUAAGUACAUUAUUCACAGAUAAUCGCUGCUGUUUGCUAUGCCUCCAACUUAUCUGUUGUGUUUCCUGAAGAAAUUCCAGUUCGUUUUCAACUAAAUAGUUUUCGCUAUUUAGUCAUUGUUAAAUAUUUGUACUUUUUUGUUGUACAUGUGAUGAUUACUCCAUGACUUCUUUUGGAAUGUGCUUUUUACAAGUAGCUUUAGGAACAGUGGCUAAGAAUAGUAGUAAAAAUUCCUUCUGAGAUGAGGACUCCAGAAAUCCUAUUGAGCAGCCAGGUGUGAUCAAAAUCUGUGUGUUGGAGGCCAGCUUAGCCUGUAUAUGAAGACCCAUUCUCAGAAAAAUCCCAAAGACAGCCAGAUGACUGGGUUCAAAAUUUCUCAGAGAAUUUAAGAGUAGAAAUGAUAACCUAGAGUUCUCUUCGAAUUGCUGAAGCCUGUUCAAAAAAAGUAAAAACAAAAAUAACCCACUGGUGGUAAAAUGGUAAAUGUUUUAUUGUAUGAGUUCUAAAUAUUAUUUAAGAUUAAUAAAUAGACUUAUAACAGAG